AAGCGUCGCGGGUCCGGCCACCGGCUCGUCCUCCUCCUCCGGCGCCGGCUGCGGCUGAUCCGGCGCAGGAGCCGACAGGGCCGCGCGCUGAAGGUAAAAGCCCACGCCUUUAGGAAGAAACAUGAGGUUCUCUUGGAGACUGUUCAAAAGGAAGAUGGAGGGGGCUGCCUAAAAGAGAUUAAAAGCUGCAGACCGCAAGCCUGGGGCCAGAGGGCUGGCAGUGGAAAACCCUGCUGGGUUGUGACCUCUCCCUGAAAAGUUCUAGGUGCCUUUUUGCUUCCUGCAAAAAAAAGGAAGAGAAGGAGAAGACCAUGUCCAUAGCCUUGAAGCAAGUGUUCAACAAGGACAAGACCUUCCGGCCCAAGAGGAAAUUUGAACCUGGCACGCAGAGAUUUGAGCUCCACAAACGGGCUCAGGCGUCCCUCAACUCCGGCGUGGAUCUGAAGGCAGCUGUGCAGCUGCCCAGUGGGGAGGACCAGAACGACUGGGUGGCGGUGCACGUGGUGGACUUCUUCAAUCGGAUCAAUCUCAUCUAUGGCACCAUCUGCGAGUUCUGCACUGAGCAGACCUGCCCUGUAAUGUCGGGGGGCCCCAAAUAUGAAUAUCGGUGGCAGGAUGACCUCAAGUACAAGAAGCCAACUGCCCUCCCAGCUCCUCAGUACAUGAACCUUCUUAUGGAUUGGAUUGAGGUCCAGAUCAACAAUGAGGACAUAUUUCCAACCUGUGUGGGUGUUCCCUUCCCCAAGAACUUCCUUCAGAUCUGCAAGAAGAUCCUGUGCCGCCUUUUCCGUGUCUUCGUCCACGUCUACAUCCACCACUUCGACCGCGUCAUCGUGAUGGGUGCGGAGGCCCACGUCAACACCUGCUACAAACACUUCUACUACUUCGUCACGGAGAUGAACCUCAUCGACCGCAAGGAGCUGGAGCCGUUGAAAGAGAUGACGAGCAGAAUGUGUCACUAACGCCCCGGCCUUGCCUUCGGAAGACAGAGGAAAGCUCUUUCCUCCGGGAGUCCCAAGCAGGGAGCCGUCCCUGGCUGAAAUGGCACGCCUACUUCCAGGAGCCCGAGAGGUGAAGACGAGCCAUGAUUCCUGAGAGACGAUCCCCACUCACCCCGUGUGCUCUUAACCCUCUGAGUGCUGCUAGCCACGACCGGUGGACCUGUCCAACCACAGCGUGCAAGAAGGACUGCCCCUUGCCCCUUCUGGCUCUGAGUUGCCCCCAGAAAGCCUCUGCACUUAACAGGCACGUCGCAGCUCUGCUGGGACCUGCCGCCUAAGCUUUACUGGAAUUCAGGUUUUGAGACUGAGACACUCACUUGUACUUUCCCACUCUGUCUUGUCAGCUGGCCGACUUUUCUGUAACGUGGUUUCUAAGUACCGGGGGGAUUUUGGAACUCUGGAGGAGCAGCGAGUUUUUCUAUAACAAACCUUCCUUUCCAAAGCUCCUUCCCUGAUCUGAUUCAGUGGUUUACCUUUGCACAGGACCCGGAGCCAGGAGCGAUCUGAGACCCACCCCACAGCCUCAACACAGUUUCCCACUCCAUGACCCCAAUCAAACCUUAACGACAGGGGGGAGACCGGUCGCUAGCAGAAAGCUGACGCAUUACCAGUUAACUCUGAACAGAAUGUGCUUUUUACAACCACACCAUUCCUUGUCUUUUCUAGUCAAGGUAUUUCCUUCCUGUUUCCCAGAAGAGAGGACGAAAAGGAAGUUGUAAAUGACCAGGAACGAUCCGCAGAAGCCCUGAGCCAGACAGAUUCGUGCAGCGUUUGUUCUUGACCAAAGGGGAGGGAGUUGUGGCUGUCUCCACAAAAUAUGAAAAUUUCAGUGAAAAAAAAAAAAACAACAGAAGUGCAAUUGCUUAUUUGGUGCGCUUAACUCAGACAGCUGGUUCAUUGGCUCGUAGCCUCCCCAGCUGGCCUUCUGAGCGCCUACAUCCAGGUCCAGCCUGUGUUUUCUUUCCUUUCCUACACGUCCCCCACUCUCCCUCGGCUGGAUUGUGUUGGGUCACAAAAUUAAUUUCUGCCCGUAGGAUUGUGCCACCGUUGCCAAGGGAACAGUGGCCCUGGAGCUAACUUCCUUCUUCCGUUCCUUCCCAGUUUUCCCAUUCCAGCCAACAGAAGAGCACAGUCUGUGCCACAUCCUGCCUUUUGAAACCCAAGUGAGUCUUCGCUGAAGAAACGUGGCCUUCUCUGCUUCAUUCGCAAACCUGGUGGAGGUCCCGAGAGCCUGUCGCGAGGGGGUCAUGAUACUCCCAGGGAAACUUCGAAUUUGACAAAACAGCAGUUGGUGGAGGGAAGUAGACAAGAAUGUAUUCGUGUACUUUAAUGUAAUACCGAUUAAAACGUCCCUAAACAACUCCGAUUUCGCUUCAUUAUAUGUCAUGUGUUAAAGCCGUUCGUGGCCGCCACAGGAGCCUAGAAAGUGUGAAAUUUUUCCUUGUCCAAAGAAAGGGCUGACUGUCGGGGCACCGUGGCACCCUGCCCCGACCCAGCAAAGCAAACUUCGCUUCCCGCCUUGUCCAAGUCGUCUCACGGAAUCCAAGUGCUGCUACCUCUUCCCAUCUUGUUGUGCUCUGGUCAACAUCCAACAUACCCUCUCCCCUUUUUUUGCUUCCUAAGUAACUCUGAGAGAAUAAGAUAAACUAGGAUUCUUCUCAGGCUCAUUUUUGGCUGAAAAAACGCCUGACCGUCCUAAGGAUCCAGAGAACAAAGAAACAAGACGCCCUCUUCCCAGCCUAUGCAACACGCAGUCAGUACUGCGUGGGGAUGUCGAACGGAGGGACAGAGAGAUGACAGGGUGGAGCCCAUGCCCUAGGAGGAACUCCGAAGUUCUGCCGCCAUGGAAAACCACAGGAUUUUUGCAUUUAAAAGUUGACCAUGUUCCUGCGUUUCAGUGAUGUCUGAUCAAGCAGGUUGCUGGACUCUGAAGACAUUCGUUAUUAAUUCUUUUUACGGUUCUUUUCUAUUGACUGUUUGUGCAUAUGAAAUUGCCAUUCAAUUUAAAAGACCAAAUAUUUUUAAGCUUCUUGGCACAAUUUCCUCCUGGUUAUAUUUCUAAUUGCAUUCAUCAGCUCUUCUAGGAUAAGUUCUGGCAAACCACUCUUAUUUUUUAAUUAGAGUAUUCCUAGUCCUGCAGAACUUUGUUUGGCAAAUUCUAAAGAGAAUCAUUACAGGUAAUUUUCAUCUCUUUGACCUGAUGACAUCCUAAGUACAUCUCAUUGCAAAGGGGGGAGCUGAGCCCCUGGCAGUGGCCUGGUCCCCUUCGGCUUUCUGGGUCUGAGCCUGACCUGCUUCCUCCUCCUCACCUGAUGAGCUCUCCCUCAUUUCCCACUACUUUUUUUUAGCUGGGUAACACAUGGAUUCACUUAAAAAAAAAAAAAAAAGACAUUUCAAAGUGGAAAUUUCAAAAAGAUUACAAUGAACAUCCAUGUCCCCUUCACGUCCAUGCAUCAAUUGUUAAGAUUUUUAAAAUUCUUGACUUUUUCCAUAUAUUUUCUCUUUUUCUCUGUAACUAUACAUUCUUAUUGCUGAACCAUUUCAAAGUAUGUUGCAGACAUCAUAAAACUUUAAAAUACUUUGUCACUUGCCCCCAAAAUAUUUAUAGCUUUUUAUUGUUGUUUAUCCAGGAUCCAGUUAGGAAUCACAUGUGGCAUUUGUUGUCAUUCUUUUUAGUUAAUGGGUUAGAGUUCUUCUGUUAGGUAUGUAUGGGUGUGGUGUGGUGGUGCUGGGUGGUGAUGCUGUGCGUGUGUGCGUGCGUGCGUGUGCGUGUGUGUGUGUGUGUGUGUGUGUGUGUGAUGACACUGGCAUUAUUAAGGAUUUCAGGCUGGUUUUCUGUAGAAUGUUCCACGAUCUGGAUUUUUUUUUUUUCCUGGUGGUCUCCUCUUUAUUAGACUCAGUUAAACAUAUUUUUUAAGGAAAAAUACUACAUGAGUGAUAUGUCCUUCCUACUGCAUUUGUCGGGAAGUAUAUAAUGUCAUCUCUUUUCAUGAUAUGAAGCUAGGCCACUGAGUUCAGGUGUUGUCGACCUGACCCAUUCAUCAUAAAGGUAAAAAAUUCAUUAGGAAGCUCUUAAAUUCAGCACGGACGCAUUUUAUAGAUGUUGAGGCUAUGCAAAUGUGCAUUCUUUUCUUAAUAUUCUCAAAGAGGCCCAGGUUCUCCAAAAGAUUAUAAUCAUUGCAGUUAAAUGAUACAGCAAUGAUAGAGGAUUCAUAACUUCCCACUUAACAGAGGAAAGGGGAAGGAAGAAGUACUGGCUAAGGAGAAUUUGUAUGGGCCCUGUAGCCAGAGUUGAAUAUAAUUUUUUUCUCCCAUUCUCAGUGAUUUCCAGUUCAGACCCAUGGUUUAUUUCAGAGAGUGUGUAUUUUCAUUGAAGGUGAUUGCUCAAGGGUACAAAAAUUGGUUUUUUUGCGGGGGGGGGGGGAUUGACGCAGGGAGGCAUCUUAGAUAAAACAGGGGGGUGUGGUCCUUCAAAGGCCAAUAGUAGGUAUAAAGUGUCUAUGUGUAUUAAAAUUUCAUGAGGAUGAUUAAGAGUUAAAUUUCCUAAAAGGUUCCUUAGGAGGAUGAUAAUGAAAAACAAAACCAGGUACGUUUGAGAAAUACUCAUUUAGAGUCAGAUUCUGCUGCUUCGGUGUUAAUUCUCUCUUCCUGGGGUGUUUCCUCAUUUCUGACGUCUAGGAUGAGUGGAGGCAACUUCUGGAGAUUUCUUAAUCCAUUCCUUCUGCCUUCCCAAACUGUAUCAGUAACAUUCCUGGGGAAAACCUCCCUCUCCUGUCCUCGGCCUCGGGCAUAGACAUCCCACAGAACACUUCACAGCAUCUGUAAUCCUUCCAUUUAACCUGAGCCAGAUCUUUGGGUUUCAGCACACCUUUCCUAGGGUCUCACAUUAAGAAAGAUCCAAGGAUUAUCUAGGAUAUGAAGCAUAAUAAAUGAGAGCCUUAUUUGCAUAUCCAUUAAGUAUCUGAAGACUGUUAGCAAAUGGCCUUCAGCCUCCUUUCCCUUCUGCUCUCCAAGGGCAGAAUUUGGAAGCCUUGUUGCCCAGUGGCUAACAUCUCCACCUCCAUUUGAACUAGACUUUCCAUGUCCCUGUGGAUUAUGGAUGCAACCAACAGUGGUUGUACCUACCACAUGCUUUCUCCAAACUGUCAUGUCUUUGCUAAGUCCCAACUUGUUUUUUAGACUUUUAAAAUUUUCUUUUCUAUUAGUCCACAUUAAAUCUAUGUCUAUAUUAUAUUCAACCAUUUUGUUUUAUCUUCCUGAGUUGCCUUCGUAUCUACCAUUAACAGGCCUCAUCAGAUUGCGCUAUUUUGUUUUAAUCCCUUCUUGGCAAAGCGUUAAGAAACUUGGAUGGAGAGUGCCUCUCAUCUUUUCAUGGUGAUGAAGGCCGAGUCCUUAUCUGGUCCUUAAUGGAAGCACAUCAUUCCCUGUGGUCACCGACUCUCCAUCACUUCCACACCCCGUGGGUAUCACACUGUGAGUCUAAGAAAUAUCAUGGGACAAGUAGAGCCAUGACUUCCAGAAAUGUCUACAAAGGCAAAAUCACAAGGGCUCAGAUGUGUUACUUAGGUAAUACCGUCAUCAUUUGUGUUUGGAUCAUUUUGGUCCUUGAAAAAAAUAGGUGAUUCUCCUAGAAUUAGCCAAACAAAGUGUUUUGGAAAUAGACAGUUUCUUUCCUGCUUUAGAAAGUAUGUCAACAACCAAAAACUUAGAACAGGUUGUUUCCCUCUGGGCGGUUAUCAAUUCUGGGUAGGAAAUUUUUGAUGAAUAAAUAAGGAUUUUUGUAACUUUUAGAGGGGAGAGUCCAUUUCUAAUCUGACAUUUAAGCUGUGUUACUAGCUGUUAGUGUUCUAAUUUCAAGGUUUUCCUGUAUCUUUCCUAAUUGCAUCAGAAAAAAGAAUGUUUAGUAUAUUUUAGUUCCAUUUGUGAUUAAAUUAAGGGUUUCACUCUAAGAACAAACUAACACAAUUACGUCAAUUAGAAAAACAAGAGGAAAUGAAAGGAUAUUUAUGAAAUCAAUUCAUGUGAGCUUGGGAAUCCCAAUGUCACAAAUAAAAGACACAUAACCAUCA